AGACAGGCGUAUAACGCGAAACGCAGUCGAACGCGGUCGGUCGAUUGGUGAACGUUUCGUAUCGGUCGUCCGGUGGUGUUGCUCUCAAUUGGUGCCGAAUCAAGUGGCAGCGGGGCCGCGUUUCCCGCAUUCCGCGAAUAAGCGAGUGAUCACGGACUGUGUUAUAGUGAAAAGUCCUUCAUUUUUUCGUUCGUCUUCGCGACUUCAGAUACAAAACACUGCGGAGACAAACAGAGAAAGGAACCAAGAACCUGGCAAGCAACGGACUAUAAGCAGCAAACGAGUGACUCAUUGGCAAGCUUCGACUCCCGAGAAUGAGAUUCCUCACGUGCUUAUUGACGUUGGGAGUGUUGGCUGUAGUGGCCUUCGCCACGAUCAAGAAUGACGCGUCGACAAUCGACAGACUUAGGCAGAACUUGCUGAACUUAGAGAAAGACGUAAUAAAAGACCUGGACAAUGGGCGAAAAUGGACAAACACCGAGACGGAGGAAAAGUACCUGUACUUGAUUAAGGAAUACCAGGCAUUUGGCAAUCAAGUAGACGAAAAAUUCCCCUUGGACCGACAGGAUUACCUGCGCUCCUUGGAUUCCGUGUGGCUAUGGGCUCGAGCGAAAGUUGAGCUCGAAAGCAUCAAUGGACUGUACGAAGUAUUCAGACAGAUGCAACGUGAAAUUACCCAUUUGCAAGCGCCUAUCAAUAUUAAACAGCUAGUGAACUUCGCCGAAACAAUCCUGCGUGAUCCGAAUGCCUCGAUCCCACGAAUGAUCGAUCGCGUCGCGAGUAUGAUCAUCAAUGAGAAGCUGUUCAUCGUGGCUUUUCAGGAAGCAUCAAACCAAAUGUGCAAUGACAUGCAAUCGCCGCAGCAACUGCUGUACAAUUUGUACAAUACCGUGGCGCUGACAGAGAUUAAGGGUUACACUAUGAUUCAGUUCUCAUAUAUGAUACUUCGCUUGUACAACGAAGGCAAUAACUUUAACGAAGAGAUACAAACGCUGAAAACCCAAUAUGCAACCAGGACGUCUGAAACGUUGAGAGCCGUAAAAACGGCAAUGGCUUUUGCUCCGAGAGAUAUAUGGAAGUGCGAUCCGAGUGUACAUAAGUUAGAUGAGACUUAUACCGAAUUGAAGCAGCUGUUUCAAGGGUACAUAGUGAACGAAGUGGAUUUGAACAGCGAUAACACAUGUAAAGAGAACUGUGCUUAUUAUGCAUACACCAAAGUAUAUGGUUGCUAUCAGAGCCAGUUUUGUGCGCGACAACGCUACUGCAAUGGCAAAAUAUUGCAUUGCGAGUACAUUGAUUCCGAUAUGUGGAUCUGCCCCUCAGAUAGAGACAGCAAUAGACGAUAUGAGUAUAUAGAGUACGAAAAUGGUCUAACUUAUGGAAAGAAAGAUACAUGUAACAGAGGAACAACUAAAGUCGACAGCUGGUGGCGAUGGCUUUUCUGGCAUUGCAGCUAUUGCUUCUGCUACUGCGACGAUCAUAAUUCGAGUUCUGAACGAUACUUCAGUCUACGAUCUGUGACAUCUGAUGUCUUAAAUAAUAAAGUCAUAACAGGAAUGAGAUUGAGAAAAGUGAAUCAAAUUAUUCAGAUACAAAUCCAAGAGGGCCAGUUACUGCCACGUGGGACAAUUAAAAAGUCCACAAUCGAAUGGAAGCCUUCCGAUCACUUUUCAGUUAUGGAUGCGAAUGUUAGAAACGGCGUUGACUAUCAUAAAAUCGUGUGGGAGAAACGUGCUUUGGACCUCGACGAUCUAGUGCCACCGCAAGAUCAUCUCUUAACAGGCAUCCGAUUCCGCAUGGUUGGUAGCCGUCUAAAUUUGGAAAUUAUGGUGACACCGUUUAACUUUACGACUGGAUUGUUGAUACAACCUGAGGAGAAGAGCUUUUGGUAUAGCAAUGAUGUAACUGAGAGGACUGAGUUGACGUUUACGGAACCCGAUGUACCAAUAUACGAUGUUCUGCCGAAUGUACCGGAUUCUACGAAAAAUCAAUAUUUAAAUUUUGCUCCCAGUGAUCGACGAAAGGAUGCUGCUCAAAGUACAAUCCCUUUCCUAGACAUUCAACCAAUUAUACCAAACCCGCCAGUGCCACUCGCAGGCGCCGGAGUCUUCCACAAAGGACGAAAAGGUUCGGGAGGAUUUGUCGCUUUAAAAUUGAUUACAUAUGACUUCGCGCCACAUUUGCAAGUUGACCUGCCACCGGCGCCGCCGGUUCUCGAAGCAUCGAAUGAAGUAAAAGCCGAAUAAGAUAGAAGCAUUCGCAUUUCUCAUGCUUCAUCGAAAAAAGGAAUAAAAAAACCUGUGAUUUAGUAAGGACCUCAAUGUACGUAUCGAGGUGAACGAACGAAAACACGUGUUGAGACGUUGCAUGCUUAAUUCGAAAACUUUCAAUUUGUUUGCUGUAAUAAAUGUAAUAACGCAAGAAAAAUUUUGGAAUAUUAUACAGAAUUCAAUAUGUGGAAUAUUGUGAAACAUCUUUUUGAUAUUUAACCAUCUUAUUUCAAAACUUAAUAAUUCUUUUACGCUUGUGUAUAAUCAUGCACAAUACGAUUAUAAGAACGACUUUUUAUUCCAAGAACCAUAGAAACCGUAUUAUUGAUUUUUUUUAUUAGAUAUAUAUUUUUAGAAAUUUUAUCUAAAGACCCUUAAUAUGAAACCGACAUUUUGUAUGCAACUAGGCCCUAGUAUGUUUAAGUUCCCUCGUAUCCUCUUAUGUAUAAAUUUUUUUGCUACAUAAACAUUAUACUCAUUAUUAAUAAAUCCGUUGUUUACUAGUAUCGUAUCCUAAAUUAUUAAGUAAUUAUUUAUACCGAUCUUAAAAUCAUAUAGUUUCUUUUAAAAUAAUAUCAAUCAAUUUUUUUAUGAAAUAACAUAUUUAAGAUGCAAAUUUUAUACUUUUGUGUUAAUAAACGUAAAAUAAAUAAAAUUAAAAUGUACUUUUUGUUAAAAAAAUUUUUUAUGUUUUGUGUAAAUUCCAGAAUUAAUGGAUCUUAUUUAAGUAUAAAAUAUAAUUAAAGUUUAAGAUGUAAAUUUUGAUUUAAGAAUUUUCAAGCUCCUCUUACAUUUCUCAUUAAUAUCAAUGAAUACUUUCUUCGUAAUAUUCAUACUUUGAAUUUGUGACAUUUUAUGAAUCAUAUUUGAAGAUAUAUAGUUAAGAACGGAACAGUACAUUUUUUAUUUCUUUUGAAUUAAUCUCUCAAUUUUGUUACCAUUAUAAUACCAUACAUAUAUUUUUAUAAAUAUAUGUAUUUUACUCAUUUUAAAUUUAAGAUUAUAACAUAAGAGAAAAUAUUUCAUUAUAAAUUUGAAAUUAGAAUUAAGAUAAAAUAUUAAAACAUGCUAUAAAUUUAUGAAAAAAGAAUUUGUAAAUCGCCUUGUAUGCGUGUAGUUUUAGUUUAAAGAAUUCUAACUUUAUAAUAUUUUUUAUAUUAUGUUUGAUAAUUUGUUCUUCUUUCUGUCGUAAUAUGGCAGGUGCAUGUAAGUUUCUCACAAUAAAUUGUCAUAUUAAUGAAAAAUCU